UUGGGAACAUGGCUCGGCGCUGUCUUGCGUUCACGGGGCAGGGAAGCCAGAAGGUCGGGAUGGUCAAGGACCUCCUCGCGCGCUGGCCGCAGCAUGUGGCGCCGGUCCUCGAGGAGGCCGAGGCUGCCAUGGGGACCCACCUAACGCGCCUCAUGACCGAGGGUCCGCAAGCCGAGCUCACCCACACGUCCAUCGCCCAGCCCGCGAUCCUGACGCACUCGUACGCGGUACUGCAGGUGCUCAAGCACGAAAUGGGCUUCUCGGUCGCCGACUGCGAGUACGCGCUCGGCCAUUCGCUCGGCCAGUUCUCGGCGCUCGUGGCCACGGACGCCAUGCGCUUCGCCGACGCUGUCAAGCUCGUGCACUACCGCGGCAAGGCCAUGAUGCAGGCCAUGGAAGGUGCGUCGGAUCGAGGUGCGAUGGCUGCCCUCUUGCCUGCGACCGCCGAGACAGCCGACGCGAUCUGCGCCCGCGCCCAGAAAGAGACCGGUCUCGUUUGCCAGGUCGCCAACUACAACUCGUGCAAGCAGGUCGUCAUUAGCGGCAACGCUGUGGCCGUCGACGCAGCGAUCAAGAUGGCCAAGGAGUUCAAGGUGCGCCGCGCUGUGCUGCUCGACGUCAGCGCGCCGUUUCAUUGCGCGCUCAUGCAGCCGGCGGCCGACAUACUGGCACGCGCCCUCGAGAAGAUCAAGUUCAGCGAGCCGUCGAUCCCCGUCAUCUGCAACGUCACGGCCGAGACGUUGGCAGUCGAGGACAUGCGCGCGCGCCUGAGCUGGCAGGUCGUGGCCCCUGUCAAGUGGAGCCAAAGCGUCGACUUUUGUCUGCACCACAACGCGUCGCAGUUCCUCGAGCUUGGUUACGGCGGCGUGCUCACAGGCCUCAUCUCCCAGCACUCCAAGGACGCCAGCUGCCUGUCGCUGGGCACCAUGGUAGAACUCGAAGCCUUCAUGGCUGCCAAGUAGACAUGGCGCGGAUAGCAUGUCAACUCGACGUUAUGUGAUUGCGCAGAAGUUGAACAUGAAGGCAACAGAACCCA